AUGGCUCAAAUCCUUCUCCACGGGACGAUGCACGUUACUGUUUUCGAAAUCGAUAAACUUCACACUGGUUCUGCUUGCAAAUUCUUCCACAAGAUAGUUGAAAACCUAGAAGAAGCAGUUGGAUUCAAAGACACAGCUUCAAAGCUCUACGCAACAAUAGAUCUCGAAAAAGCAAGAGUUGGAAGAACCAGACUUUUGGAAAAUUCACGAUCAAACCCACAAUGGAACGAAUCAUUCCACAUUUACUGCGCCCAUACGACGUCCAACGUUGUUUUCUCAAUCAAAGAAGACAAUCCUGUCGAUGCAAUCCUCAUCGGAAGAGCUUACUUACCUGUUCAACAAAUCCUUAAUGGAGUUGAAAUCGAUACAUGGUUAGAAAUCUUGGAUAAAGACAUGAAACCCAUCAAAGGGCAUUCCAAGAUUCAUGUCAAGAUUCAAUAUUUCGAUGUCAAUCUUGAACGAAAUUGGGGUAGAGGUGUGUUGAGUGGGAAAUACCCGGGUGUUCCUUAUACAUUCUUUUCGAAAAGAACCGAAUGUAAACUCACCCUUUAUCAAGAUUCACACAUUCCAGAUGAUUUUGUUCCGAAAAUUGCGUUGGCGGGUGGGAAGUAUUACAAGCCACAUCGAUGUUGGGAAGAUGUUUUUGACGCUAUAACGAAUGCUAAACAUUUGAUUUACAUAACGGGUUGGUCGGUUUAUACUGAAAUUACUUUGAUUAGGGAUCCUAGAAGGCCGAAAGAGGGUGGUGACAUGACUUUAGGCGAGCUUUUGAAGAUGAAAGCUGAUCAAGGUGUAAGGGUGUUGAUGCUGGUUUGGGAUGAUAGAACAUCGGUCAAAAUAUUAAAAAAAGAUGGUUUAAUGGCGACACAUGAUGAAGAAACGGAGAGUUACUUCCAUGACACGCAAGUGCAUUGCGUUUUAUGCCCGCGUAACCCUGAUGAUGGACGAAGCAUUAUUCAAGAUAUUGAGAUAUCGACUAUGUUCACUCAUCAUCAGAAAACCGUGAUGGUGGAUGCGGAAAUGCCAAACAAUUCGUCUGAUAAACGGAGGAUUGUGAGCUUCGUCGGUGGGAUUGAUCUUUGCGAUGGGAGAUACGACACUCCGUUGCAUUCGGUUUUUGGGACGUUGGGGAGUGUCAAUCACGACGAUUUCCACCAGCCUAACUUUAAAGGAUCUUCGAUUGAGAAAGGUGGGCCGAGGGAGCCUUGGCAUGACAUUCAUUCUCGAAUUGAAGGUCCCGCGGCUUGGGAUGUACUCUUUAACUUCGAACAAAGAUGGAAGAAACAAGGGAAGAAGGAUUUGUUGAUUCCUUUAAGAGAAUUCGAAGACACGAUAAUCCCUCCUUCACCAAUCACGUAUCCAAACGAUCAUGAAACUUGGCAUGUUCAAGUUUUUAGGUCGAUCGACGGUGGGGCAGCGUUUGGUUUCCCGGAAAACCCCGAGGACGCGGCUAAAUCAGGUUUGGUUAGUGGGAAGGACAACAUCAUAGAUAGGAGCAUUCAAGAUGCGUAUAUCAAUGCCAUUCGCAGAGCGAAGAAUUUUAUCUACAUCGAGAAUCAGUAUUUCCUCGGGAGUUCAUUCGGAUGGAAUUCAACUGAUAUCAAUGAUGCGGACGUGGGUGCUCUUCAUCUCAUACCAAAAGAAUUGUCAUUGAAGAUCAUUAGCAAAAUCGAGGCGGAGGAGAGGUUUUCGGUGUACGUGGUGGUGCCUAUGUGGCCAGAAGGGGUUCCCGAGAGCGGGAGUGUUCAAGCAAUAUUGGAUUGGCAAAGGAGGACGAUGCAAAUGAUGUACACUGACAUAGCUCAGGCGAUUCAAGCUAAGGGAAUCGACGCGAGCCCGAAGGACUACUUAACUUUCUUUUGUCUCGGGAAUAGAGAGACGAAGAAAGAAGACGAGUAUAUUCCCUCGGAAUCGCCUGAGCCCGAUACGGACUACAUUAGGGCUCAACAAGCAAGGAGGUUCAUGAUCUAUGUUCAUGCCAAGUGCAUGAUAGUGGACGAUGAAUACAUAAUUAUUGGAUCCGCCAAUAUAAACCAAAGGUCAAUGGAUGGUGGAAGGGACUCGGAAAUUGCAAUGGGAGGCUACCAACCUUAUCGGUUGGCGGGGAAAGAGCCCGCAAGAGGAGAAAUUCAUGGUUUUCGAAUGUCAUUAUGGUAUGAACACACGGGCAUGUUGGACGAAACCUAUCUCCAUCCUGAAAAUAUUGAAUGCAUAAGAAAGUUAAAUAAGAUAUCGGAGAAGUAUUGGGAAUUAUACGCCAAUGAAACAUUGAAUGAAGACUUGCCGGGACACUUGUUAAGUUACCCAAUUGGAGUGACAACGGACGGAGAAGUAACCGAGAUUCCAGGGCACGAGAAUUUUCCCGAUACAAAGGCUAAAGUUCUCGGAAAAAAAGAUGAUUAUUAUCCACCAAAUCUCACUUCUUAA